GAAGAGGCGCGGUUAGAAGAGUAUAAAUAAGAUGGCAAUGGAAGCAGGACAAACAUCUUCUUCACGUCAACUGGAAUGUUUAAAAUCCGGGGGAAAACAUCUUACGGUACCGGUCCACAACCUACGGAGGUGUCCUUGCCCCUGCUCCGGCCGGCUUUAGGCCGUGUAGCCGCCGCCACCAGCUAGCGAGCUCACAAGCUAACCAAUAACAAAGUAUGGCAGUGGAGCGAAAAAAAGUGGCGCUGGGCUUCAUGGUCGCAGGUGUCCUCGCUGUCUUCUUCGGCACCGUCAUGGUGGUCGUGGGUCCACUCAUCAUCGACGACCAGAUAGUCAAGAACACGGUGAUCGACCCCAAGAACAAAAUGACCUACACCAUGUGGAAGGACGUCCCUGUCCCCUUCUACAUGUCCGUGUACUUCUUCAACAUCCUGAACCCCAAAGAGGUCCUGAAUGGCGAGAAGCCGAUGGUGGAGCAGCGAGGACCCUACGUGUACAGGAAGCGCAUUCAGAAGGAGAACGUCACGUUCCACGCCAACAACACGGUGUCUUACCGCGAAUACCGGAGCUACUACUUCGAACCGGACAUGUCGUCUGGGAACGAGUCCGACGUGGUCACCAUCCCCAACAUGCUGGUCCUGGGGGCGGCGGUCAUGAUGGAGAACCUUCCCUUUGCCGUACGCCUGAUGAUCAGCGCCACCUUCAAGACCUUCAAGGAGGGGCCCUUCCUCACCAAGACCGUGGGCGAGCUCAUGUGGGGCUACGACAGCGGCCUCGUAGACUUCCUCAACAAAUACCUGCCGGGAAUGCUGCCCAGCUCCGGAAAAUUUGGACUCUUUGCCGAGUUCAACAACUCCGACACGGGCCUGUUCACCAUCUUCACGGGUCAGGACGACAUCAGGAACGUGCACAGGGUGGACUCCUGGAACGGCCUGACGGAGUUGGACUACUGGAGGACGCCGCAGUGCAACAUGAUCAACGGCACGGCGGGUCAGAUGUGGCCCCCCUUCCUUACUAAGACGAGCACGCUUCCUUUUUACAGCCCGGACGCCUGCAGGUCCAUGGAACUGGUCUACCAGCGGCCUGGCAGCAUAAAGGGCAUCCCCUUGUACCGCUUCGUGGCGCCCAAGACGCUCUUCGCCAACAGCAGUGACUACGCUCCCAAUGAGGGUUUCUGUCCCUGUCGCCAGUCUGGCCUGCUCAACGUCAGCAGCUGCCGCCACAAGUCUCCCGUCUUCAUCUCCCAUCCUCACUUCUUCAACGCUGAUCCGGUUCUGCUGGACUACGUUCAAGGACUCAACCCUAAUGAGGACGAGCAUGGACUCUUUAUAGACAUUCACCCUCAAACCGGCGUUCCGCUCAACGUGUCCAUCCGCCUGCAGCUCAACCUCUACAUGAAGAGAGUGUCAGCAAUUACAGAGACUGGGAAGAUCGCUGAGACCGUGAUGCCAAUGAUUUGGUUUGAGGAGAGCGGCUUCAUCGACGGGCCCAUCCUUGACACCUUUCACACCAACCUGGUGGUCCUGCCCGCCGUCAUGGAAGUCAUGCAGUACGGCUUCAUCGUCCUCGGACUCGCCACCAUCAUCAUUGCCGCCUUGGUGCGCCACAGACUCAAGAAGAACAGGGUUUUGGAGAUGAGUGCGAGCACCAAUGUGCUGCAGGAGUCUGAGGCGUCCUAUAAAGAGCCCGCUUGCAACCGGGGCAUUCCGGAGAAAUGCAUGGCGGGUAAUUCAGAAAAAUGAACCUGAUGGUGGCGGCACGUCCAAAGGAAAGACCUCAACACCCGAGAGACAAUCACUACUACCAGCCCACAAUGACUAACGCAAACACACACGUUCACAUGCACAUACUGCUGUGACUCCGCCUUCCAGCAUCCUAAUGCGCCAUGGCUUUCCUACGCCGUGGGAACUUUGGCGCACAAGCCAAGCCGUGGCGCUCCGUCAAUGAAGCUCAUCGCCGCUCGCUAUUGGUCGAGGGUUUUGGCGGGGGUCGAGACCGUCGUCAUGGCGAUGACACACAACCACGCCACUUCCAGUUGUUUUAUUUUAUUUUUUAACUUUCUACACCUUGGUGACAUUAGCCUGGGCGGACACACCACGUUUACAGUGUUCUUCACCAAAGUGCACUGAAGUGGACUUUUACCUGUUCUUACUUUUUACAAAACAUUGUCGGAACAACCAGCCAAUCAAUUCAAUAAUAAACUGGUUGUCAUGACAA